GUACAAGGUGGCAAAAAAUGUGUAUUCAUAUUAUAAAAGCGAAGCGGAAAAAAUGUUUAAAAAAAAUUCUUAUAAUUUAUAUAAUAAAAUUUUGAAAAUUUCAUUUAUUCCCAAAAGAUGUGGAGAGAACGGUAAUUCUGUUGUCUAAAGAUAAACAGUUUAGUGAUCGAAUCGUAUAAAUUUAAAUUUAUAACUCAAUUUAAACUAAAGUUUAAAUAAAAAAAAAAAAAAAAAAAUUAUGUAAUAAUAAAUUUGUAAUAUAAGUUAAAAUUAAACCAAGCAAAAACAAUUCAUAAUUUAUAUAAAAGUGUAACAGUUAUUCAUUUAAAAGAACAUUUCAAAAAAAAAAAAAAAAUAUACAUAAAUAUAUAUUUUCAAUAAAGCCAAUAAAAUUGUUAUAAUUUAAUAGUACAAACAAUUAAUGCCAAAAGAAAAACAAAAAUCUAGAAGUGAAAGACCAUUAAUUUAUGAGAUACCAGAAAAAAUGGCAUUAAAUAAUAAUAAUAAUAAUGUUAAUAAUAAUAAUAGUGCUAACAACAACAGGGCGGAAUUUACUUUAACUGCCAGUGACUUGCUAAAGGAUGCCCAACGCAUCCAUGAGUUCAAAGGAAAUGUUGAUUACGCCCAAUCAUCGUUCAUAAGGGAGGUAGAUACAUUACUACCCCUGUUCGACAACAGUCCUGAUUUGAAGCAGUAUGCCUUUAUAAGGAUUAUCAUCAAUAAAAUACAAGGACAAGCUCUGGACGUUAUGCGAACGCUGGGACCAAAUUCAACUUGGGAAAACAUCAAAGGAAUCUUAACCAACAACUUCGGAGUUCAACAAACAUAUCACCAACUUUAUCAGGAAGCCUUAUCUCUAAAAAGUAAUUCGGUGAGUGAUUAUUUCAAUAAAUUAAAAAUUAUUUUAUCAAAAUUAAACGAAAAAUUCGAAUUUGAUAGUAGAAAACCUCAAGAAUUUAAUCCAAAAAUAAAUGAACCUGUAAUCUUUAACACCUUCUUGAAUAAUAUUGAUACAAAUUUAGCUUCAGUAAUUAUAAAUAAAAAUAUAGAAAAUCUUAGGGAAGCUUAUAAUACCCUAGUAAAUUUAAAUCUUAUUCGAGAUAAAAAUAGUAAUAACAUUAAUAAAUAUGAUAAUCACUUUAAUAACCGAAAUAAAUUUAAUCAUUUUACAAAAUAUGAUAACAAUAAAAAUUCGAAAAACAAAUUUAGUAAUAUUAAUUUUCAAAACAAUAACCAAUAUUAAAAUUAUAAUAAUUAUAAUAAUUCCGGACAGACCAGACUAAAUAAUCAUAAUUACAGAACAAGUAGUAAUAGACCAGAACCUAUGAAAGUUGAUCAUAUUGAAGGUGAGAUAAAUUUUCUUACAGGUCGCCAAAAACGAAACUAUUGAUAGUAGAAUCAACGGUUGAAAACGAAAAAAUCAGAUGUUUAAUAGACACUGGUUCUUCAACUACUCUCUAAGAUUAUAAUAAACUUCCUAGAUAUAGGAGGUAUAAUAUUAAGAAACCUAUCCUUUUUAACACGAUAAAUAGAACUGUAUAUGUAAAUCAAGAAAUAAAAACAGGUCUGCCUCUAGAAUUUAAUGAAGACGCAGAAAUGAUUUGGAAGUUAAUUAAAUUUGAUAAUAAGGAUUUUGAUGGUAUAAUAGGUCAGAAUCUUCUUAGGCCUCUGAAAGCCAUAAUCAACAUGGAAGAUGACGUUUUACAAAUAAAUAAUAGAAAAAUUAAAUUUUUAAAUAGUUGUCCAUAUAAUGAAAAUGAAAUUCACCAAUUAGAUUAUAGUAGUAUAAACAGUAACGACUUUGAAAUAUUGACUAAAUCUCUAAACUCUGAAGAAAAAACUGAUUUAAAUAAAUUAUUAAAUAAUUAUAGGGAUCUGUUCUUUAAAGAGGGGGAUCAUUUAACUAGCACCACAGAAAUUCAACACCAAAUUAUAACCACUAUUGACAGGCCGAUAUAUUCUAAAAUAUAUAGGUAUCCUCAGAUUCACGAACAGGAAAUAUCGAAACAAAUAUCCGACAUGCUCAAACAAGGAAUAAUAAAAGAGAGCAAUUCAC